UGACAACCCACUAAUGUGAAGCAUGGGCAGAUUCUACUGCGGAGUGCUUUCUGCUCCCCCCUACCCAAUAACCUGACAGGAGAAGAUCAUCUGCUGCAAUGAGUCGUUGGCACUGGGAUUCCAGCCCUCUGGUCGGGCACAGGGCACGCUGCAGAAGAGGAAUGGAUCUGUCAAUGGAGGACGAGGUGAUCAGCCACAUCCUGGGCUCCUGGAGACCACCCUCCACAAUGGUGUCGCAGUCCCCUGUGGUGGUGAAGCCCAGUAUGCGCUGUGAAGCGAGCAGAUUACGGACCUUUACAAUGUGGCCUGGACCCAGCACGAUGUCCCCCAGGGACCUUGCCAAGGCUGGUUUUUACUACCUUGGCCCUGGGGACAGAGUACGGUGCUUCUGCUGUGGAGGAGUCCUUAGGUGUUGGGAACCUGGGGACCAUCCUCAAGGAGAGCACCGUAAAUUCUUUCCCUCGUGCCCCUUUAUGCUGGGCAGAGAGGUGGGCAAUAUUCCUUGUUCAAGUGGUAGGGACUCUGUGGAUGGGCAAAUUCUUGGACAGUUGCAACGGUUCCCUGGUGAGGAGGAAGAGGAGACCUGGCAAGCAGUGUACCCUGAAAUGAUGGAGGAAAGGGAGCGCCUAGGAACUUACCACAACUGGCCUCCAUAUGCAGAGGUGACCCCUGAUGUCCUGGCCCGGGCAGGCUUUUUCUACACUGGACACAGAGAUAACGUCAAGUGUUUUCACUGUGAUGGGGGGCUCAGCAAUUGGGAGAGGGGGGAUGACCCCUGGAGAGAGCAUGCUAAGUGGUUUCCAAGGUGUGAAUUCCUCAUCCAGUCCAUGGGUUUGGCCUACAUCCGUGGAGUGCAGGAUGCUUUAUUCAGUAGUCCAGAAAGUAUGCCUGAAUCUCAGAGGUCGUUGGACAGGAGCCCAGACAGCCCCAUCAAUUCUCGUGGUGAUUGUCAGGCCUUCCUUCAGUCAUCUGUAGCCCAGAGUGCUCUGCAGAUGGGUUUCGAUGAAAACUUGGUGGUCAGUCUGGUUCAAAGCCGGUUCCUGAUGGUUGGGGCUCCUUACAGCUCUGUUUCUGACCUGGUCCAUGCUCUAAUCCAGGCAGAAGAGGAGAAACAGGCACAUACAACAGACUAUGUAAGGGUCCAUGAAGCUCCAGCACAAAGGGCAAGUUCUGAGCCCCAACCACCAAAAGAACCAGAGACUGUGCUUAGUACUGAAGAGCAGCUCCGGAGGCUGAAAGAAGAGAGAUUGUGUAAAGUGUGCAUGGACAAGGAUGUUUCAAUGGUCUUUGUGCCAUGUGGCCAUCUGGUGGUCUGCAUGGAUUGCGCCCCGAAUCUUAGACACUGCCCAAUCUGCAGGGCAUCGAUCAGAGGCAGCGUACGGGCUUUCAUGUCCUGAUGCCUUGAACAAGGUACCAUGGAAGGACCCUAUUUGAUGUCCCCCCCUGGACAAUAGGCUGGUCUCAUCCAGUCUCUGUGUUUGACGGCGGUCUGUAGUGACCAACUAUAAGAAGGGUUUUUAUAUAUAAUAUGUGGAUAUUAUAAAGAGUGAGAAGUUAAUAUGAUGA